GCUGGGAAGUCACCUACGGGUUCGCACCCGAGAUAGAGUCUAUAGAUGAGCAGCACACAGCCGCAGAAGCAGGGUUGAGCGCGUCUCACUUCCAGUCGGUGCCGUACAUUCCAAUGUCCGACCUGCCAAGGAGCUGCAGCAUGGACCCAGACGGCUGCAUCAGCAGCACCGGGUACCAGGACAUCGGCGGGCAGUACCCGGACAAUGAUGCCUGCACCAUCGCAGUCGCCUCGGACAACAUGCAGGCCAUCGAUGUGGUCGCCUUCAGCACAGAAGCAGGCAAGGAUCGCUUGCUGGUGAACGGCGUGGCGUACGAUGGGUCCACCGGACCUGUGGACAUCGUGCCGACGGCCGACAUCACGUGGUCCUCCGAUGCCCAGACGGUGGUGUCACAGAUUCUGGCUGGAAGAUCUGCCUUAGAACGGUGCCAGGUGUGGGUAUUGGAGUCCGGGUCCUGCAGAGUGGACGGGGCCUGCAUCAGCAGCAGCAACUUCCCCAACGCGUAUCCCAACAACGACCGCUGCGUCUUCUCGGCGGCCUUUGAUCCCCGGCGCCCAAGGGUGAUCGACGUGGCGAGUUUCGCAACCGAGCUGGAUUGGGAUAUCCUGACCAUCGACGGCGUGCAGUUCUCUGGUACCGGAGGGCCGGCGGGAGUCCUUCCGCGAGAAAGGAUCACAUGGGCUGCAGAUGAAAGUGUCACAGACUCCGGCUGGAAGAUUUGUCUCGCAGCUGCUGAGGCUGCACUUGCCUGGCGCGUGGCAUCAGGGAGCUGCAGCAUGGACCCAGACGGCUGCAUCAGCAGCACCGGGUACCAGGACAUCGGCGGGCAGUACCCGGACAAUGAUGCCUGCACCAUCGCAGUCGCCUCGGACAACAUGCAGGCCAUCGAUGUGGUCGCCUUCAGCACAGAAGCAGGCAAGGAUCGUUUGCUGGUGAACGGCGUGGCGUACGAUGGGUCCACCGGACCUGUGGACAUCGUGCCGACGGCCGACAUCACAUGGUCCUCCGACGGAGGUGUCACAGAUUCCGGCUGGAAGAUCUGCCCUGGAUCGGUGUGGGUAUUGGAGUCCGGGUCCUGCAGAGUGGACGGGGCCUGCAUCAGCAGCAGCAACUUCCCCAACGCGUAUCCCAACAACGACCGCUGCGUCUUCUCGGCGGCCUUUGAUCCCCGGCGCCCAAGGGUGAUCGACGUGGCGAGUUUCGCAACCGAGCUGGAUUGGGAUAUCCUGACCAUCGACGGCGUGCAGUUCUCUGGUACCGGAGGGCCGGCGGGAGUCCUUCCGCGAGAAAGGAUCACAUGGGCUGCAGAUGAAAGUGUCACAGACUCCGGCUGGAAGAUUUGUCUCGCAGCUGCUGAGGCUGCACUUGCCUGGCGCGUGGCAUCAGGGAGCUGCAGCAUGGACCCAGACGGCUGCAUCAGCAGCACCGGGUACCAGGACAUCGGCGGGCAGUACCCGGACAAUGAUGCCUGCACCAUCGCAGUCGCCUCGGACAACAUGCAGGCCAUCGAUGUGGUCGCCUUCAGCACAGAAGCAGGCAAGGAUCGUUUGCUGGUGAACGGCGUGGCGUACGAUGGGUCCACCGGACCUGUGGACAUCGUGCCGACGGCCGACAUCACAUGGUCCUCCGACGGAGGUGUCACAGAUUCUGGCUGGAAGAUCUGCCUUAGAACGGUGUGGGUAUUGGAGUCCGGGUCCUGCAGAGUGGACGGGGCCUGCAUCAGCAGCAGCAACUUCCCCAACGCGUAUCCCAACAACGACCGCUGCGUCUUCUCGGCGGCCUUUGAUCCCCGGCGCGGCGCCCAAGGGUGA